AAGAGUCUUCUGGAGAUGAAAAAAAUGCUUUAUUCUUCCCUUCUCUUCUAUCUUUUGUGAUUUGGGGACCUCUUGAUUGGAAACACGUUUGAGAGGCUCUGAGCACUGGAAGGUGUUACUGACUGAAUUAAAGGUUCACAGCUGGGCUUCUUUGCCUCAAGGUGAAACAACUCUGUUAUUUAAAAACAGCCCUUCCCAUUCUCUCUCCUUGCUCCCUCACAGGUUCUCCUAGAGGCCCUCCCUUCGUUAGUCACUGAAGCCAAAGCUCUGUGGCAGGCUCUGCUUCUAGGGAAGUGGCCUCGGACAGGUGAACCGGGGCCAUGUGUAGUAGUCUGGAAUUGGGGUUCUGUGGUCAAAGAACCAGCUGAUCCCUGAAGGUCACUCCCUCCAGCUCUGAGAGCCUCUAAAACUGUGUGAUUUAUUUAAGUCACGCAGCAAAUAAAUGGCAGAGUCAGGCCCACAAACCACUCACAGCCUGAAGGCAGAGGAUGAGUGCUUGGGGCCCUGCUGCUGAUGGUGGUGCAGAGCCCCAGGCCCAAGCUGUGGUCACCCAAAGCUGUGCUCCUGGAUCAUGUUCUGGAUCUCCCAGUGCCAGAUUUCACACUGAGCAGCUGCAGUCGGAGAAAUCAGAGAAAGCGCCACCCAGCCCCAGAUUCCAAGGGGCCUGCUGGGGACUCUCUCCUCCUCCUCCUCUUCGGGAAGGGAGACCCUGAGGCUGCAUCUCAGGGCUGCCAUGGGGCUCCCAGCUGCCACCCCCCGGCUGUCCUCCGUGCUGCCAGGCAGAUAAGGGUCCCAGGAGGACCUGUCCUCACUGCUACCUGGCUGUUCCUCUACGGCCAGCCCUGCCCUGAAUUGGUGGCCACCUUUUGCUGACCCAAGGCCAUGUAGGCCCCUCUUGGGCCUCCGUGGACACACUGCUGGGGACAGCGCCUCUGCUCUCCGGGGACCCCAGUGCACCACCAUGCCCCGGGGCUUCGUCGGUCUGCACUAUCUUAUAAUCCUGCUUGGCGUGACCUUGAGGAGCGAGGGUUUGGAGGUGAGGUCCUUGACCCAGAGUCAGGAGUGCACUGUCACCAGCUCUCUACGGGACAAGCUGCAGUACAGGAACCGGCUUCAAUACAUGAAAUACUACUUCCCCAUCAACUACAUGAUCAGCGUGCCUUACGAGGGGGUGCUCAGAAUCGCCAACAUCACCAGGCUGCACAGGGCCCGGGUGAGCGAGCGAGAGCUGCGCUAUCUGUGGGUCUUGGUUAGUCUCAGUGCCACCGAAUCAGUGCAGGACGUGCUGCUCGAGGGCCACCCGUCUUGGAGUUAUCUGCAGGAGGUGCAGAGGCUGUUGCUGGAUGUCCAUCGGGGCUUCAAGGAUAUGGAGGUCAGCCCCCAGGUGGAAGCAGUGUUGUCCCUCCUGAAUGCCCCGGGGCUCAGCCGGAAGCUGGUGCGGCCCAAAGCCCUGCUGGACAACUGCUUCCGGGUCAUGGAGCUGUUGUACUGCUCUUGCUGUAAACAAAGCUCUGAACUCAACUGGCAGGACUGUGAGGUGCGAAGUCCUCAGCCACAGGGCUCACAGCCCUCCUUGCAGUGUGCGGCCACCGUGCUGUACCCAGCACCCCAGCAGCCCCCCACCUCCCUGCCCCAGUCCCUGGGCUCAGAGGAGCUGGUCGGGGCACAGGGCAAAGGCCUCCUGCCCUGAGCAGCCUUCUGGUGACCCCACUGGGGCAGCCAGGUGAGCUCCAGCUGGGCCUGAGACUUGGACCGGUGGUGUCAGGCAGCCCCUCCCCUGACAGAGAACCCCAGGGGGGUUUCUUUGAGGGGAUUUUGUGCCAGAGCAGGGCUCAGCUGCCCAUCAUGGUCCCAUCUGGAGUGGUGAGAGGCUGGGGAGCCCUGCAGGUGGCACUGCCCUGGCCUUCCCUCUAGGUGGUGCUGAAUGUGUCCUGGUGCCAGGGAGGCACACCUGGACCACGUGGGUGGGAGCAGGGGCGCUGGUAGAGGGUGGUGACAAGUGCCACAUCUUGCCACAGUGGAUGCUCUUCGUUUCUUUUAUUUUUUCUAUUAAAUGUGCACCUUUCUUUGGUUUGGUUUGUUUUGAAUCUGGGAGGGUGAACCUGGUGAGGCUGGGAGCAGCCAAGUGCAGGAGGUGGGAGGGGCAGGGCUGAGGGUUUGGAUGUGUAGCCUUGCCUAGCCUGCUGAGCCCCCGAAAGUGUGGGGGUAUCUGCUGGGGGGUGUCAGGCCCUUCUUUCUCCCUCCAUCUGGUUCCAUCUGAACCUCCAGCAGGUUCACAGCAGAGGCCUUUCAAAGAACCCAGGCCGAGACCUGAGACCCCGGGUAAGCCCCCAUCUUGGCUCCCAGAGGGGUGCAGGGGUGGGGGUGGCAGCCCAGGGAAGCCAGGCAGAGGCAGGGAGUUAAUUACAGUACGACUUUAUUAAUACUGGGAUCUUCACAGUGCAUUUGUUACUUGUAGCAGUGACUAUUUAAAUCAAGGGAAGGAUGGAGCAGAGGGGACAGGGUGGGGAGGAAAAUUUAUCCAAAAACU